GGGGCUUCAAACGAAAACGAGGUUCUUGAUUGGUCGCGCUAAAUUGCAAGAGGCUGAGAGAAAUUGUUGCUUUUUCACAAUGUGCAGGAAAAUUUGUGUUGUUGUGUGAUGCAUAUAUGCUUUAGAAGUGAAAGAUGUCUAAGGAAUUACCUGCUCCAAACCCAAGUGAAUUAGAUCCACCUGUUCAACCCAAGGUUGCGAAGGACCUGGCUGGCAAUUAUGUGUACUAUUUACCCGACAAGUCUACGACUGAGGCGACAGGGACAGCAGCGUCUUCUACCGUGAAUUAUUCCUUGUCUGCUCCCGUGGCGACAACACAUUGUAUGGAGCAAGUGAUCACACUCUCCCCCGUCAAAGGAGGGGCGGCAAAUGUGGUCACUAUAAAUUCGGGAAACAUCCUCGGCCGAAUUGAUGCUGACACUCUUAACUCACUUAAUCAGCUUUUGGAUGAAGUUCCUGAAAAUCAGGAUUCGUCUAUGAAGACUUUGAAGGAAAAGUUAAACACAGAGGAUGUUUUAACAGUAGAGAGCGCAAGUUACAAUUCUAAUCCUUUAGUGGGUUCCGUAAGUGUAAUGUCUUCCUCAGCAGGGAUGCAGACCAGCAUUCCAUUACCUGUUGUCAGCUCUUCCACUUCAUCAGUUAAACCCAGUACUCGGGACAUCUCCGUCUCCAGUAAUUCGCUCGGUGUAGUUAAUCCUGUCGGCAGUCUCAGUGUUACUGAAUUACCAUCAAUUACACAAUCUGUGAACCAAUCAAAUCCCAGUAUGGUGUCAGCUGACUUUUCUAAUAAUCAAAAUGGUAUUGGAACAGAAUUACUAUCAAUUACACAAUCUGUGAACCUAUCUGCAGUGCCUCCAGAAAUUGAUAAAAUUGAACUCGGUCACAAUCAAGAAAGUUUUCCAGUUCAGACAAAGAACUCGGUGUUUUCAGUUCCAUCAAGCUUGACUUCGAGUAUUUUGAAUUCAGUUUCAGUUUCUCAAACCAUUGAUCAAUCGUUAGUUCUGGAGUCCCCUGGAACCUCUGUGAAUAACUUAACAACAGAGGCUCUGAUAGUUCCUCGGGAUUUUUCUGAGCCCCAGCACCAGAGCACCAUCAGUCAGCUCUCUGCACAUCAGUCUGUGUUACAGAAUACAAUAUUGCCUCCAUUCCACUCGAUACAGUCCAACGUGGCCCUCUCCACUUAUCAGCCUGUCGAAGUGUUUUCCACACCAUCAUCUCAGUAUCAACAAAGCAUUAUGUCCACUCCAAAACAGGUACCUCAGGUGGAUAGAAACGCAGAUCAGAGACUUUCCUAUGUGGACCUCAAUCAAUCAACAGGUGAUAGUGUUCAACCCCCAGUGUUCCAACCGGAUGGAAGAUGUGUCGUCCCACAAAUCCUCACGGAUGUGAACAUGAAUAACAUCCAACUGCAGCAUACGGGGAUCCCCACCAUGUAUUCAGGUGUCGAUCAAGUAACUGUAAGAGAUUCGACUGAUACUCUUUCAGAGCAAAAUAAAUUCAUGUCUCAGAGUGUACAAACUUAUAGUAGAAAUGGAUAUUCACAUCAUGUGGGACUUCCAUUGCAGAGUGUAUCGAACCCAGGGCCUCUGUAUAAUGUAAACACUGUUCCAUCUACACCUCCACGUCACUCACAGGCGUACUCCUCCAAUCUUUCACAAUCUCUCAUUCCAGUUUUGUCACCAGCGAGAAAUACGUACAGGACCUCUCUUUACAAGUCGUCAUCGAAUGGAAGCUUUUAUCGCAGCGGAAAUUUCCUGUCAUCUACUGCGCCAAAUCCUGGACAUCAGAGUCUUCAAAGGCAUUCACAACCGUUCUUUUCACCCAGGCCACCGAGCGCCACCCAGACUUAUGGAUCAGACAAUUAUACGAUGUAUUUUCAGGGUGACGUAUCGCAGACAAGCAUGGCUAAAAGUGAACCCUCAAGUGGGCCGAACAUUCCUCGGAAGCUAAUGCCGAAGCGGCAGAUGUUGCAAGUGAAAAAACAUGUCAGCAUGUACUGGCCUGAUUUCUCCAACUACCCGGAAGUGUGCAGCUGUGACAAAAUUGAAAUGGGUUCCGAGAUCCAUAUAGAGCAGAUCUGGUUGCACAUGCAGCAGAUGUAUUAUCUACCACAGAUACAUAUUCUUGUCAUUGGAUGUGAUGAAUUUGUUGGCAUCUUAAGAGGCAAAAAGUAUUACAUUAGUGUGAGAGAGGUCAUGAUUCGCCUGAUCCCGAAAUUUCAGAAAGAGGUGCAGAGUUACUUGUCCGACAUGAAGUGCGAGAUGGACUUCAUGACCUUGGAAGAGUUGGCUUAUCUGAAGCAGAGAGGAUGCAUCGACUCAGACAUUCACGACAUAAUUUCAUUAGGGAGUUUACGAGAAUUGUGUAGAUGUCUAUUAAACAGACACUCCAGAUUGGAUUCAGAAACUAAUAAGCUAACAGAGGCCGCCACUGGUAUAUACUACAGAAAGAUCCUGGAGAAGCAUACCAGAUGCUCCAAGUGCGGGGGAGCCGUCAAGUGUUGUGACAACCUAGAUCGCUAUGAAGCCAUCGAUUGCCCUGUGGGAAUAACUUACAAGGAGCAAAAAAUGGCGCUACUUCAAAGGGAGGUUAUUGAAAGUGCAUUCGGCAGGAAGACAUCACUGAACAGGAGAAAUCCACAGCAGACCGCCAUCGAAAGUGAGAGGAUCCAUGUCGGACGCUUGUUAGUGGGGGGAACUCAGUUUAACACCUUUAAGAUCAAAGAUAAGUGCUUUAUUUCCCUGAAGGAAUUGGUGAAUUUUAAAUUCUCGACUUUACAAGUGCUUCAGAGCCGAUUGGUUAAUCUGCAGUCCCGCCCCCGUCCAGCCCCUUCCUGUGUGGAUAAGUACUUCAUCAAGAAGAACAUUGCAGUUUAUAACACGCUGUGGAUUGACACGGUGAUUGUCCGAUGUAUGUGUUGUUUGGGACAGCAGAAAACACAAAUGCCCUUACAGAAAUAUUUCAAGUUUGGAGACUAUGAAGACGUUUGGGAUAAAGAAAUUCACGGAUUGGAUGAUUGUGAUGUGAAUGGAGUAGUGUUUACACUUAAUCCCAACACUGUGACCAUCUCCAAUAAACGGUUCAUUCAGAGAAUCAAUCGGUCGGGACCUGUGUCACAUAGAGAGACCAUUACUGCGGGCCCUGGCAAAAAAAUUGAAGUGAAGCCAUCAACUACAACAAUGAGAGCCUUACCUGAAACUGUGGUGAGAACACCAAAUGGUACCGUGAAAUUUGCGACCAGACCUGCGUACAGGGAGUACCAAUGUAAAAGCAGAGGACCAAACCUAAAGAAAAUGAAAAUCUGUGAACGAAACUUAAUGGCCAAUGAGAACCGGAGUAAUGAUGAAGAGUCACUGGUGAAAAUGUCGGGAAUCGAGAGAGACGCGAACCUGGUGUGUUCUUCAUUCGGUCAGAACUUGACCGAUCAGAUGAGAGGAUUGACCAAACUGAGUCCUGAAAUGGAUAACACUACGGAAGAGUCCAUCCUGGAGAUCGCUGCUCGUGAAGCUAUGCUGAUGCCUGAGUACCUGAAUGAUUCGGAUGGAUUGGAGUAUCCGACCUCCGUGGAUUCAGUGAUUCAAGCCAUCGGCAUGGAAGAUGGACUACCCUCAGAAGAGUUUGUCAUUCAAGAGAUUGAGGAAGGAGGUUUAAAUCUAUUUGAUGGAGUUCUAAGUUCUAGUAUUUGCGGGGAGAGUGGAUCAAAGUUUGAUGAUAACUUCACAGACAGACAGACAGAUAAAAACCAGAUGUUGCUGGUGUCUCCAAAGAAGUCUUCACCAUUUAAUCAGAGGACAAUAACACACUCUGCAAAGACAGAAGACCUGCCGGAGAUGAAAAGAACAGAAAUUAGAAAGAAAAGAGUUCCAAAACGAUACGAGGAAUUUUUCCAGAACAGUAUACAUACCGUGCUUCAGAGUAAGAAUGAAAAACGGAAAGGGAACGGAUCGUGUACAACAAUCAAGCAUAAUGGUAAAACAUCCAAACAGAGGAACAAAGGCACGAAAAGUCAGCAGGAUGUACAGACACUUGUGAGCAGGAACGGAGUGGUGAAUCCAGAUAAAAUGGAGAGCAGGAUUCUGAAUGUCAUAAAACAUUCAGAAAUAGAGGGCAUUACAAAAAAGAACCAAGAAGAAGCUUCUGUCAACCCAGUCGCUAACCAUAAAAUAAAUGUGAAAGAUGGAGAUUCCAACAGCAAAGAGAUGCAUCUUAGUGAAAAUCUGUGUGGAUCUCAACAAAGCCAAAAUCUAGAUUUAUCUGCAACUCAAUGUGCUGUGGCUCCUAGUGAGAAAGUUAACGCCAGUGAAGGUGAAAAUGUCCACUGUGAGGAAAUAAGACCAAUAGAACUGAUGAAUUCCAAGGAAAAUUCACCGGAAGUUGUGAUUGAAAACAAUAUUGAAAGUUUGUGUUCUCCAAUAAAAAAACUGGACAAUGCUAGCAACACUGCCAGUCCAAAUGGCAGUUCUUCUUCUCCUCUUUCAGAUGAAGUGAAGUCGUCUAGAUUUAAGAGAGUUUACGAUAAAGUGGCAGCUUUAGAAUCAUCUGAAGAUGAAUAUAGGAUUCUCCAUAUGUUGGCAACUGUAGCUGAAGUUAUGACGGAGUCGGGGGAUGAACAAUGCAAUCAGAGUACUGGGUCAGGGGGGCAGCACGAGGAAUCAUGUGACCUACAUACUGAAAUUAUUAGUGAUAAGUGUGAUAAUGAGGAUACAAAUCAUGUGAAAAGUCUUGAUUUCAUGGGAAAAGUUCCAACAGACUCAUCAAAUUCAGAUGCUAGUUUAACAAUUCAGUCUGACAAUGUCACAGAGAAGGAAAUAUCAAGUGAUGACAAAGAAAGCAGGUCAUGUGACAGAGACGACCAAUCAGGUGCCAGAACAGGGCUGACUGAUGUGGAAGUGGAUCCUGUGAAGGAUACCGGUGAUUCCAAAAACAGUAUACCAGAAUUGUAUUCCACGUUAAUUUCUGACGAGGAGCUUUCUGAUGUUCCCCCACGUGUUCUGCCUGGGUUUGGCCCAGGUACUGACUUGUGGGAAAGGUUAUCAAAAUUCAUUAGUUCUGUAAACCGGUAUGUGGAUGUAAUACAGUCUCAGAGGGAGCCGGGAAUCCAGAGCAGUCGGAUAAGAUUCCUGAAGGGAGCAGAGCAAGCUUUCCCAGGUCUCUACGGAUAUAAUGAAAUCCAGCGACGAAAAGGAUUUGCCGUAUUGUUAAACCGUAUUUUGUAUCAUCAGGACGAACUUCUCAAGCAGGGUCUGGAGGACACUGUUGAUAAGAGUGGUUUGGAAAAACGGAGUGCCCCAAAAAACAGUUCUGUAAACAAAGCAGCCAAAAGGAAAAAGCUCUGCUGAGAGUUGUAUAUUGUGGAAGAAUGGAGAAAAAUGUUGAAGGGCCGUUUGGAUCUAUACAUACAGGAAGUCUGGAGUUGUAUGGAAUGACGCGAGAUGCCAUCCAACGUGUGGUGGGACGACGUCGUCCGGAGUGGGAUGUCGUCGUCCGGAGUGGAAUAUUGUGUAGUGCUCUUUAUCUAUGAUGCUGCCGGGGCCAAAACAUUUCAGUUGUUAGACAGCCUUGAAUUCGUUAUUAAUUGUUAACUAGUGGAACUACUAGUCAAUUUUGUUCUUUGAAAUGAUUUUUAUAGUGAAAUGUGGUUUUGUUUGAGAAUUUAUUAUUGAAGUUUAUUAGAAAAUUUUAAUACCAGUAUCUACCAAGGCAAUUUGUAAUUGCCUGCACUAAAUAAGAUGGCAUGAAUACUUACAAGUGUACAAGUAUGCUACAGGAAAUACACAGCAAUUUGUGAUGGUCGAAACAAAAGCAUGUAUUACUGGAAUUUACGACGGGAAUCUCACAUCCAAUAAUUGAUAUUGUUGUCUACAUUGUGUUGAUAAAUUGAUUUUUUUUUAAAUUGGAAAAGCUGCAUGAAACAAUAUUUUCUCGGGUUUUUUCCCCCAAAUAUUUCACUGUUAUGUCAAACGUUUUGCACUAUUUUGGUUAUAUAAGAUUGAUCUAUUUAAUUGGAAAGCUUUUUAGCCCUGCAUAUGUUGUGAAAGUUAAUCUUUAAUGGCAAAAACGUGGUGUUUUGAUUGAGCACACUAUUUUUAAUACUGUACAUUGGUAAACAGGGUUGCUUGAUAGCUUUUACUUUUCUUUGAUUGUAAUUCAUUAAACACAGUCUGCAUGCAAUGGCCUCCUUCUUACUAUUCCUUUGUUACUGUUGGUACGAAUAGUUUCUACAUUGUGUUGUUCAAUUUGCAAAAAUCAGUUGUUAAUAUUUUUAAACUUCACGGAAAAUUUCUGUAUGGAUGUUGAUAAUGUGUGCAUGUUUAUUUUACGUAAUACUUUGUGUUUGGACAUUUGAAUAUGUAUCCCACCUUUGCAUGAAGGCAUGACUAUCAAACUUCUCCAUGCUUUUCACAUAGAAAAAUGACAGUACAUUUGAAAGAAAGAAAACUAAAUCUGGAAUCUGCAUACAUGUAGCAUAGUACGAGAACAUUUUGCGACUUGCAAAUUUUUUAUUUCAGUGUAGAGGAAUCUUUACAAAUUAUAUUUCUUUGAAAUACAUUCAGAUCAACAUCCGGUCAAUGCACACAUUAUGUCAUGAGCUACAUUUGAAGAAAACAUUUUUUUUUUGCAUGAAUAUCUUUUUUAGUUAGGAGAUACAUAGGUAGUGGCCACGCCCCUAAAAUAACUGAUAAAUAAUAAAGAUUUCUUAAACAUGACAUCAUGAAUAUUCUUUUUUCACCAAUUAUUUAUGUUUUGCUAAAAACAUGCACUGUUUUCCCUUCCGUAAACAUGGAGCGCAUUUGAAAACCUGGUUACAUGUAAUUUUUCUAAAAUAGGUCAAGAAUAGAAAAAUUAAUCUUAUUCUCUCACUGUGCUCAAUAUUGACUGAAUUAAAAACCCUCUAAAAGUGAUGAUUUCUGUAUAGAAACAAUAAACCCAUGUAAACCAUCAAAUGCUUCAUUCAUCAAAUUACAAAAAUACUGUAUCAGUUUUAUCCCACAAGAAUUAAGAUUUGAAAACAAUAGAAAUCAAAUCAAGAAGACUUUAUAGGUUGAAAUCUUAAAGACUCUACAUUUAAGGGCCAAAUUUGAACCCAACGUAUGAGUAUAGUGAGAGAAAAUGUUUUAGUUUCUCUUGAACUCGCAAGCUCUGCAUGCAUUUUAUCAGCUGUAACAUUAACUGCAUGUUGUGUUUUAAAAAUCAUGCUUUUCUUGAUUUCUGGAAUUUCAGUUUUGAAGCAAUUAUUUUUAUUCAGAAUAAAAUUGAUGAAUCAAAUUUUUUUGUUUACAAAUUCAAAUUAGAAAUGUUGUUAUUUAUGAACAUGCAUGUAUAUGUUAAUUAAAUAGAAGAAAGGCAGUUUUUUUUAUUCGGUAUUGGGUAUUACAUUGAAAUCUGAAACAAGCUGCAGUCUAAGUAAGAAGAUAUUGAUUCUCCUGAAUGAAAUAACUCGGUGACUGUUAUCAAACUUAUCCUUGGUUUAAAAUCAAAUUCCUCAAUAUAUUUUGCAUAAUCCGAAUAACACUCUAACACACAUACUGGAUCAAACACAUACUGGAUCAAACACCGGUACUUAUGUGACGUGCAACAUAACACAUAAACAACAUUCAUUGGUGGUAUCCAGUUUGUAUUUGUGCAUACUGUUUUGUGUUAAUGAAGCUCCUCAUUUUCCGUAUAUACUCGCCCAUAAGUCGGAUUAUAGGCGAGUGUAUACGGUACUGUUACAUAUAGCCAUUGCAAUAAUCAUUUGUGUUUACUUUUCAUGUAUUUGUAAAUUUGAAUUUGUUAUAAAUUUGUGGCUUUCAUUUGGAUCAUGGUUGACACAAGGUACAUGAAUGCAUAGAAAGUUGUGAAGGUGUCAGCUUUUCUGUUGAUGUGAGUACGAAGGUUGUACAAGGUUAACACAGAAUUCACAUGUGCUUCAAUGUUUUCUCACCUCAAACUCUUUUCAAAAAAGAAUGUUAUUUGUUAAUUUCAGUGUAAGAUUGUUUAUAUUGUUUUGAAGAUGUCAUUGGUGCUUUUUUUUUUCUUCCUUCGUUUAGCUCACCCGAGUCUACAGCUUAAGUGAGCUGUUUAGAUCAAAUUUUGUCUGCCAUCUGCCCGUCUGAAACCUUUUUAUCUAUGCAUGUCCUGCUUUUCACAGACUGCAGUGUUUAGACAACUAGACGGUUGUUUAGGAGUUUGUUAUUUGGAACCAUGGUUAGAGCAUCGUGCUCAAAAUCACACAGCCCCUCACCUCUGGGCGGCGUGGGUUCGAAUCCCACCCGUGCCGGUAAGUGAGAAAGUUUCCCAAUUUUCUUUCGGAAGGUCAGUGAUCUCUUCCCAUGUACAUUGUAUCUGGGUUCUCUCUUCCACCAAUAAAAAUGGGUGCCACCAGAUAACUGUAAUAUUGUUGAGUGUGGCGGAAAACAGCAAAUCAAUCAAUGAUGAUGAUUUUUAAAUUUGCUCACAAAUGAUCCCCAUAGUUUAAUUAAGAAUUUGGAAUUGCUCAUAUGACUGUUUGAACGCCUUGACCUUGAUUACCUUAUUUUAACCUUAAAAGGGCAUGGACACAAAUUGAAUUGAAAAUUUUAUUUUCCCAAUUUUAAUGUAAAGUGUUUCUAAUGAUCAGCCAUGUUUUUGUUUACAUAUACAGUGUUUAAAAGAAAAUACCAUGUAUAAAACAAAAUAUGACAAUGCUAGAAACUGCUUAAUUGUGUUCAGAAUUAACAUGUAAUUUGAUAAAUCUGCUUUAAACGAAACUUUUACUAGUAUAUUUAACCUUUGUAAACAAAAACAUGACACAGACCUUGUUUACUCAACAAAGAAUUGUGAGCUCUGCAUCUCUUGUACCUCAACAACUGACAUUCAAUUUUUAGGACACCUGAGUAAACUCAGGUGACCUAUUGCAAUUGGUUGUCGUGGGUUAACAAUUGAGCAUUUUUGACUUCUUAAUAACUACCAUUCCAGUUCUUUUCAAAUUUGGUAUGAAGCAUCAUUUGGGCAAGGGGGACAUAAAUUGUAAAUUUCAGGAUUCCUAGGGGUGGAGCAAAAACUGCCCAAAAUUGACCAAUUUUCAAAAAUCUUCUUUUCAAGAACUGCAAACAUGUGAGAAAAACUAAAUGCAUAGUGAUGUAGAGCAGGAAAGUCUCUACCAAAAUUGUAAAUUUCAUGAUCCCCGAGGUAGGAGUUCUGACCCCCAGGGCAGGGUUAAAUAACAUCUUCUUUAAUGCUAUUGAUACUAAAUGGAUAGAGCAGGUAGUCUUUUACCAAAAUUGUAAAUUUGAUGAUCCCCAGAGUAGGGGUUCUGACCCCAGUGUGGGGCCAAACUAAGUAUAUAGUAUUUAUGUUUAAGUUUGCUGAUGCUGUAUAAAAUUUAAAUGCAUACUUAGGAAUUCAGAAAAGGAUGUACAAAAAAUGGUAAAUUUCACAUCCCAGGGUUAUGAAUUUAGGAUGGGUCCAAAUUAGUCAUAUAUUUUGAUGUUUGAAUGUUAAUACACCUAUUAUAUUAUAUAAAGCCUUUCAUCAGUGUAUGCACUUUUUAGGACAGUGAAGUGUUAAGAACGCAAUCUUGUUUUAUACUGUUGCUGAACAUUAGAAUUUAGCUUAGAUAUUCAGAACAGGAAUUUUUUUUCUAGAUUUCAUAGCCCAUGGGAGUAGUGAUACUUUUUCACUAGUAUUCAGGUGACUGAGAAGGCCUGUGGGCCUCUUGUUUUGCUGUCCAUUAGAAAUACUUAAGUAUUGUAAACAUUAAAAAUGAAAUAAAAAAUAGAAAUUCGAAAACUUUAAGCUCAAAUCGUGUCUAUGCCCCUUUAAAAUAGAUUGCCUACUAUGUAUGGUGUUUAUCUUUAAGAUAAUUUCCUAACCUUAGCUGUAUCGUUCAGGGAUGUGGUAGAUAUGAGAGUUUGAUUCAAUAUGCAGAACUUCUUGCCAAAUAUUCAAAUAGGGAAUGAAUACUGACCCAUACACAGCUCUGUUGCUUGUAUGAGAACCUUCAGGGCUCAUGAAUUAGUGAAAGUGAAGAAAUCAGGUGAUUGGAUGUGGAUCUUGUUUUUGCAUUUUUUAAAUUUUGUUUGUUCUUUUAGCAGGUAGCUAACAAAAGUGAUAAUGUGUGUCUGAUUUUAUUAUCUGUACAUAAAAGUUUAUGAGAGAUUGAGUAAGUACAAUCAAAGUCCUUGGACGAAUAAAUGCUGAUAUUUGUCUA